AUGCGUGUCUUGUCACUUCUACCGCAGGCUUUUCUGCUACUUUCGGCAGCUCAAUCGGGCUUGGCAGCCUCCUCAUGGACCUUCACUGAUGGCUCAGUGAGCGUUCAAGGGAAAGGCGCAGGAGUCGGGGGAGGUGUAAAAGAAAAACUAGCACCCUCGAAACCGUUGCCCUCCUCUAGCCCUGUGAAAUUGGGUGCAGGCGAUACCCUCAAAGUCAUCCUGACUACGCAGGACGGGAAGUCCGCCAAACGGCCACAUCAAGCCUUUUUACUCCUCCAAGACCUCAGCACCAACCUGGACAUCUCAUAUCCAUUCAGUGUUAAAGAGUCGGGAAAAGCCAAGGUGGAACUGACCCAGAAAGACUUGCCGGUUCAAUUACUGCGAAGCUCUUCACCACUCUCGGCCAGCAUCGUCAUUGCAUCGUUCGGCUCAUCCACGGCUUACCACAGCAGCGCUUUCUCUUUGUCCCUCGCACUUGACGGUAAUGCAAUCCCUGCUACAGAAAAGCCCUUGAGAUAUGGCAAACUCCCUGAGAUACACCACAUCUUCCGUGACGACCCCAAGAGUCCCAACGUUGUGAUAAGUUUGUUCUUUGUCGGUGCUGUGCUUGCCACUGUGCCAGCUCUGCUUGGAGCGUGGCUCUACCUCGGGAGCAACAUCAACCACGUCACAAAAGCACUUUCAGACGCCCCAGUCUCACAUGCGCUGUUUGUCGGGUCCGUUGUUGGCAUCGAGGGUAUUUUUUUUCUCUACUACACAAGUUGGAACUUGUUCAAAACUCUCCCAGUGCUUUCUGCUUUUGGUUUGGUUGCCUUCUUAUCUGGAAGUAAGGCACUCACUGAAGUGCAAGAGCGCCGGCUGGCAGGCCUGAGAUGA